CCUCAGAAUCUCAGUCCAUGAAGGGAAGAAAAGAAGAAGAAGAAGGAAAAUAAGUAGAAAUUAAACAACCAGAAGAAGAAGAAGAAAAAGUGGAUUAAUUUUACAACCUGACUGAAUGUUUCAGUCUCUGAUGUUUUGGAUUUGAUGAAGAUGAAGAUGUGGAGCUGGAAGCUGCUGCUGCUGCUGGAGGGACUCUGCUGCUCAGGUGUCCUCGGAGCCUCAGAACUCGCCUUCCUGACGGAGCCCAAUGAUGUCAUCGCGGUGAGAGACCGCCCUCUGAUGCUGGACUGCCAGGUGGAGGGGGAGGGGCCUAUCUCUAUCACCUGGAGACGGAAUGGCAUUCCCGUGGCAACAGGUGAUAGGGCAGUAGUGCUCGGCAACGGCACGCUGCUCAUCAGAAACUUCUCCAAGAGACGAGAGAGCAACGAGACAGAUGCUGGCGAGUAUGACUGCGCUGCCCAGAACCGCUACGGCAUGUUGAUCAGCCGCAAGGCACGCGUGCAACUUGCAUCCCUCCCUAAGUUCCUGUCUCACCCUGAGUCUGUGGCGGUGGAUGAAGGGGGCGUGGCCAGACUCACCUGUCAGGUAAAUGGGAUCCCAGAGGCCAAAAUUGCCUGGCAGAGAGACCGCCGUCCACUGAGCACUGCCGAUCCCAGGUACACGUUGUUGCCGAACGGAGUCCUGCAGAUCACUGGAGUCCGCCGCAUCGACAGCGGUUUGUUUCGCUGCGUCGCUUCAAAUAUCGCCAAUACUCGCUACAGCCACGAGGCCCAGCUGUCCGUCGCUGUUGCAGGUUCCAGGAUCUACCAGGAACCCGUCAUCCUGUCGGGGCCCCAGAACCUCACCAUCAACGUCCACCAGACCGCCAUCUUGGAGUGCAUCGCCACGGGCAACCCCCGGCCCAUCGUGUCCUGGAGUCGCCUCGACGGACGUUCCAUCGGCGUGGAGGGGAUCCAGGUUCUGGGAACGGGGAACCUGAUGAUCUCAGAUGCCACUCUGCAGCACUCAGGUGUUUACGUGUGUUCAGCCAAUCGGCCGGGCAGCAGAUCCAGGAGGACAGCGCUCGGACGCCUCGUGGUCCAAGCUCCUCCAGAGUUCGUCCAGUGGCCGCAGUCCGUCUCCAGACCAGCAGGGGGCAGCGCCGUCUUCAGCUGCACGGCGUCUGGAGCCCCAGAACCGCAUCUCAUCUGGCUGAAGAACGGCAAGCUGCUGAUGCCAACAGGAAACGUCAAGCUGACCAACGGCAACACGACGCUCGCCAUCACCCGCAUCACUGCCGAGGACGAGGCCAUCUACCAGUGCAUUGCUGAGAACAGCGCUGGGACCAACCAGGCCAGCGCCCGCCUCGCCAUCAGCCAGGGGGCGGAGCUUCCCGAGGCACCCGCCGGGCUCCAGGCCACCAUUCUCAGCACCACCAGCCUGCAACUCACCUGGGAGCAGCCCAGUGAACACGCCAGCCAGCACAUCAUCGGAUAUGUCCUGCACAUCAGGAGGCUGGGAGAGCCGGACAACGCCGAGCUGCAGGAGGCCGUCAGUAAAACCACCUUCAGACACGAGUUCCACAACCUGGAAGCUGCCACCACCUACUCCAUCUACCUGAAGGCCUACUCUGCUCUGGGAGGCAGCCAGCGGUCCAACAGCAUCACGGCCACCACGCUGGGGGGCGUUCCCAGUCCUCCCAGUUUCUUCACCAAGGUCCUGAACCAGACGGCCAUGCAGGUGUACUGGGAGCUGCCCAGCAAGGCAGGCAAACUGGAGGGCUUCAGACUGGAGUACCGGGGGGUCUCCAACCCCGACGUCCAGGGACAGGACAUCUUCCCAGGACACAUCAACACACACACCAUCUCACACCUGGAACCGGCUGCUGUUUAUGAGAUCCAGCUGGUGGCAUUCAACGGGAAUGGAGACAGUCCAUCCACCCGCCGCCUGGUGUCUCUGGCAGAGGGAGGAAACCCUGGAGCGGCUGGUCAGAGCUGUAACUGCGCCCAGUCUGAUGAAUCCAUAUCGACUCUGCUGGUCGGGAUCCACAGUGGCAUCGCCUGCAUCCUCUGCUGCCUGCUACUGCUGUUGCUGGGAUACCGACGCAGUCUUUUCUGCAGGAAAGCAGCGAGCUGGGAGACUCCGCCCACCCUGAACGGUGUCAGAGGUCCUAAACCUGAGGGCAUCGAGCUCAGCCAGGUAAGUCAGUGAUCCAGGUGAUCUAUUUUAUCAUGUUUUGUCCAUUUGACGAUCUGAAUCAAAAACCUUUAUCUGAACCAC